UAAGGCUUUAAAUUUGGGAUAAAAGUUAAAUAAAUAUCGUUAAUUUAAAUCAAUCAUUACCUUAUCAUGAAUAUAGCUUUAUGAAAUUUGAGAUGGGUUUGUAUAGUGAAAUCUGGAUUCAUAUAUUUAAAUGUUUCCAUUUUUGGAAUUUUAGAACAAAAUUUGAUCAAUCAAACAAAUACAAAUAACAGAUUAUUUUGAAUUAAAAUAAAAAUGGGGAUCCGAUCCGCCAGACUACAUUACUUAAUUUAAUCUAACAUUAGUGAACUUUUCAAGUUUAACAGUUUUUUUCCUUUGUUUUCUCCAACCUUCAAUUUAAGGGGAAUUUUCUUUUUUUUCUUUUUUUUAAGAAAGGGAAACAAUGAAAGACAGGCAAUUCAAAUUAGUAGGAAAAAUUAUACGAAGAAAACGGAAAAUCAGAACUUAGCUACACUACAUAUAACCCCCUAAAUACGAAGUUAGAAUCCAGUCUCAUUCAUACGGUCUCGUCGUUAAGGGUUCUCUUUCUUACCAAAAGAAAAAAAAAACAGUAUUUUUUUUCUUUUGGGUAAAGAAUAUUAUUUUGUUUCUUUUUUUUUUUUGCAGGGGGUUUUUUAUUCAUACCCAACUCAGAUUUUCUAAAGAUUUAUAAUAAAGAUGGAUUACAAGCUGCAAGUCGGAGUUCAAUCCCACCUUGAAAUGGGAUCACUAGAAGAUAGGUCAAUGCAAGAUCUCCAUGAUGAAUGCCUCCAUUCCCCUGAAACAGAUGCUCGAAAAAAUCAGACUACUUAUUCAAAUGAACCGUUACCAUUUUCUGAUGGUCGUCUGCCUGCUGGCUGUAAUAAUAUGAUAGGACAUGGUGUCUAUAGGAGCAUAAAGACUGUAGUUUUCUCUAAUAAACUCAACUUGCUCAUGCCUUUCGGGCCUCUAGCAAUCCUUGUUCACAAGUUGACUGCUCAUAAUGGGUGGGUUUUCUUUCUAAGCUUACUGGGUAUAACACCUUUGGCAGAGCGUUUGGGUUAUGCUACCGAGCAAUUGGCUUUCUACACUGGACCAACAAUUGGUGGUCUUCUAAAUGCUACAUUUGGGAAUGCAACGGAGCUGAUUAUUUCAAUAUAUGCACUGAAAAGUGGAAUGACUCGUGUGGUUCAACUGUCAUUGUUGGGUUCAAUUUUGUCAAACAUGCUCCUUGUUCUUGGAUGUGCAUUCUUCUGCGGUGGGCUUGUAUAUCAUAGAAAAGAACAAGUUUUUAACAAGGCCACAGCUAUUGUCAAUUCAGGACUGCUGCUAAUGGCAGUCAUGGGUUUACUCUUCCCGGCUGUCCUCCACUACACACACACUGAACGGCAAUAUGGGAAGUCGGAGUUGUCUCUUUCAAGAUUUAGCAGUUGUGUUAUGCUUGUAGCGUAUGCUGCCUAUCUUGUUUUCCAGUUAAAAGGUCAAAACGAUCUAUAUGCCCCUAUCAAUGAGGAGAACUUAGAUGAUGAUGAUGAUGAUGAUGAUGAUGAUGAUGAUGAUGAUGAUGAUGAUGGUGGUGGUGGUGGUGGUGGUGGUGGUGGUGGUGGUGAUGAUGAUGAAGCUCCAGAGAUCUCCAAAUGGGAAUCGGGGAUUUGGCUUGUAAUCUUGACUGCUUGGAUCUCUAUCCUAUCAGACUAUUUGGUGGACACAAUACAGGGAGCAUCUGAGGCCUGGGAUGUAUCAAUUGCAUUUAUCAGUGUUAUCUUGCUCCCCAUUAUCGGGAAUGCCGCAGAGCACGCAAGUGCUAUUAUGUUUGCCAUGAAAGACAAGCUUGACAUAUCAUUGGGAGUGGCAAUAGGGUCAUCGACUCAAAUUUCUAUGUUUGGGAUUCCUUUUUGUGUGGUUAUUGGGUGGAUGAUGGGACAGGAAAUGGACUUAAACUUCCAGCUUUUCGAGACGGCAACUCUUUUCAUUACUGUUAUAGUUGUAGCCUUCUUUCUGCAGGAGGGAACGUCGAACUACUUCAAAGGAUUAAUGCUCAUACUUGCAUAUCUGAUAGUAGCUGCAAGUUUCUUUGCACACGAAGAUCCUACAUCAGCUAACGAAAAGAAGCAACCGUGAAUGAAGCAGUGGAAUGAAAGGGAUGGUUUGGGAAAGAAGUUGAGUCCCACGCUGCUACUGUAAAUAAUUGUUUUCUAUAACAGAUGCUCCAUUUUUCCAGCUGCUUAUGCUUGUGCAGAUAACAUGAUUGUGGAGACACAAGGGGUCUUUGCUCACUAUACGAUUCUAGUUGUGAAUGCCAAAACAACUGCCCAAAAUGGCAAAUUAGGAGAGGCUUUGUAUAACGUAGGAAAAAAAGAAAAAAGAAAAGUGUUACUCUCUUAAAUUUUGAUAGUUAAGUAUGUAACACACUAAUUCUUCUGAACAUGGUUCCCUUUGGGAUUGUGUGCAAUGAAAUAUCAGUUGGUUUUCAA